UUGGUAUGUUUCUAUGAAAUCAAAACACAAACAAACUCAAAGUGUGCAAAGAGACCAAAAAGAACUUCUAUAAAAAAAAUGAGAGAAACACAAAACAUACAAAUUGAUGCGACGAAAUCAAUUUGAAUGAGAAAGAAAACAAUGAUAAAAGUGUGUUAUCUGUAAUUCGCAAGUAAAUGAAUGAAAAUUCGCAACUCUUUCCGCAAUGAACACCUUUGUUGUACAAAAUGUUCACUCACUCUCACUAUUAUCAAAUUCACCACUUUCUGUAACUCCUUCCUUGUUUCAUCACCACCUUCGUUUUUCUAUUCUUCCCAAUCGCAAACCAAUAACCAGAAGCGCCCUCAACUUCAACAUGGCUCAAUCUGCAAAAACCCUAGGUUUUGAGCAAAAGAGAGUCGUAAUACCCAAUAAGCACGGUGAAAAACUAGUUGGCAUAUUGCAUGAUUCUGGAACGAAACAGAUUGUUAUCUUGUGCCACGGUUUUCGAUCCUCUAAAGAAUCCAAUACCAUAGUGAACCUUGCUGCUGCAUUGGAAAAAGCUGGAAUCAGUUCUUUCCGCUUUGACUUUUCCGGAAAUGGGGAAAGUGAUGGCUCGUUUCAGUACGGUUACUACUGGAGAGAGGCUGAUGAUUUACAUGCUGUGACUCAACAUUUCCAUGGAUUAAACCGUCUGGUGACUGCAAUUGUUGGGCAUAGUAAAGGUGCUGGAGUGGUGCUUCUCUAUGCUUCAAAAUAUAAUGACAUCAAAACAGUCGUCAAUAUCUCUGGACGCUAUGAUCUGAAGGCGGGAAUUGAAGAACGCCUCGGAAAAAAUUAUAUGGAGAGAAUUAAGGAGGACGGUUUCAUUGACGUGAAGAGGCCAGGAAGUUCCGAUUACCGUGUGACUCUGGAAAGUUUGCUGGAUCGCUUAGAUACAAACAUGCACGAAGCAUGCCUUCAGAUUGAUACAAAAUGCAGGGUCCUUACAGUUCAUGGUUCUUCAGACACAGUUAUAUCUGUUGAAGAUGCAUUUCAGUUUGCUCAGAUUCUACCAAACCAUACAUUACAUAUCAUAGAAGGAGCUGAUCAUUCAUACACUAAUCACCAAAACGAGCUAGCUUCGGUUGUUGUCAACUUCAUAAAAUAAAAGUAACCUUGCACUGGAAUAGGAAUACUUAGGUCUUGCAGUUCCGAAUCAUUUGAAGUUGCUACCUGCGACAAAUUCUCACAGAUACGCCGAUGUUCUGCAACAUUUUGAACUCUUCUAUUUUUUACUCAUAAAAUUAGUGAAUUUUGCUUUGUACGAACUUGCUGUGAUAAUCCAUUGGUAAACAAAGCAUGUGCUCCUAUUGUACACUUGUUUCUAAUACAGUGGCUAGUUUACAAAAUAGAUACAAUAAACAUACAUCCUAGUUUUCUUAA